AUGUUUGAAAUCGAGCAGUGCACCAAGCAUUGCCUCACCGUCAACCCCUCCGCCGACUGCAUGAUCGUCAUGUUCAGUAACGACCGCAUAAACGGCAUCCAGUACUGCUGCAACUCCAUCAAAAACAACCCUAACGUUAGCGACCCGCUGCCGGCGUGCUGGUAUGGAUCGAAGUUCGGGAUGGAACAAGGAGCCAUGAUGCCUGGCGUCGCCGCCCUGCAGGAUUUGGUCACCGCCAACAACACGAAUACCACCCGUACCAACACCACAGGCGCCUUCUCGGAUUGUCCAGAGUGCGAGGAAACCAAUGACGUGGCGAUCGGGGUCGGUAUCGGCGUGCCAUUGGGAGUGAUGGUGCUUACAGCGGUCGCCUGGGCCUUGUGGGAGAGAAGGAAACGGGUGAAUGCUGUUGUUCCCCUUGCUCAAGUUAGCCCUACGCCUGAAUAUCCCCCGCCGGCACAGAAGCCCGCUCCUCAGCCCAAUGAAUUGAUGGGCCACCCCGAUGUUGUCGAGCUGGAGUCGGACUAUCGGAACAGGCAUACGGGCUACAAUCUGUGA